AUGGCCUGCAGAGCCAACGCUGAGCUGCAACCUCAGAGCUUUAAACUCACACUUCUCUCUGAACAGAUUAACAAACUUGAGGAGGAUGAAUCUGCCGUUCAUCUCACAGACUGUGCGCCUGAUGCAAUCCCUGAUGCUACUCUGCGAGUAGAGGGAGAGAGUUUUUAUGUCAAUCGUCAGAAACUGGCUGUCCAGAGUCCCUACUUCAGGGCACUGUUUUUUGGCGGUGGCCUGGAGAGCCGCAAGAGGAGAGUGGAGAUCAAAGGUGUGAGUCUGCAGCAUUUCAGGGUUUUAAUGGAAUACAUUAAGACAUUCAAUCUCGCUUUGGACAGAGAAAAUGUUCUGGGGAUCCUUGAGACUGCAGACUUUUUACAACUGGAGCGAGCCAGGCUGCUGUGCUGCAAGUUCCUGGAGCGCGAGCUGCACCUCAGUAACUGUCUGGGAAUGAUGGCCUAUGCUUGGCAGCUGGGAUGCUCUCAGCUCUACAGUGCAGCACGACAGGUGGUUCUCACACACUUCUCUGGUAUUGUCGCUGAAGAGGACUUCCUGUCCCUGUCUAAGGAGAGCGUAGCAGACCUUCUUGCCUGUGAUGACCUGGCCAUCCUUAAAGAUGAUCUGGCCCUGGAGGCCAUCCUACGCUGGGUGUCAUUUGACCCAAAACGAGAAGAACAUUUUCAGGAACUCACUGAGCUGGUGAGGCAUGAGUCGCUCUCUUUACCAUUUAUGACUGAACUUUUGAUCAAAAUGAAAAGUGAUGACCCCAGAUCCAAGCUCAUCUGCAGGCUGGAUGAAUGUUUCCCGGCAUCUUGGUCAAUGGGCAGGUCAAUGACGAGGAUCAGGGCCAGAGAGACCCUGUUUGUCCUGGGUGGACCUCACGAUCAGGAGCAGCAGUCACUUUACCAGUUUCACCCGCACAGUGGACGAUGGCAGAGCUGUCCACCUCUGCAGAGGAAGAACCUCACACAGUACUCGGUGGCUGCAGUAGGCGAUAAAGUGGUCGUGACAGGUGGCUACUUUCGGGACGUGCUGUGGUUCAGUGUGGACUGGGUCAGGAUAUACGAAUGUGGAAACAAGCGCUGGGUGGACGGGCCGGCCCUGCAGAAGUCCAGGCACAGCCACUGCUCCAUCGGGCUGGACUCUGUACUGUACGUGCUGGGGGGCAGCAUGGAUGAAGGGCUUGUGGCCAAUGUAGAAAGGCUGGUCCUGGGGUCAGAGGAGGGUUGGGAGGAGGUCAGCCCCAUGGUGAGGGCUGUGGAGAGGGCAGCCAUCGCUGCUUUGGGGUCUUGUCUCUACGUGGCGUGUGGUCUGGAUGAAAACGGGGAGGUAUAUGGUGGAAUUCAGAGAUACAUGGUGAAGCAGGAUCAGUGGGAUGUGGUCUCUUAUUCUCCAUUUCCACGAUAUGACCUGGUUGCCACAGAGCUCAACGGUGCACUCUACCUGUUUGGAGGCCACGCUUUGCGUUUUGACGUGGAGACGGACGAGUGGACUGUGCAGGAUGAGGAAUGUCUGGACAGAAAGUUCUUCUGUGGCUGCACAACAGUCACCGGCCAGAUAUACCUGGUCAGCGAGAGGAAGAUCAACAAAGCAUUCCCAAACAUGGUGCUGAUGGACCCUUAUAUAGACACUUGCAUUGAGGUGGAUGAUGCCAUACCCUGCCCUGUGCCCCUCAGAGGCUGCGUCACCAUGAGGAUGUUCUUGUGAUGGGACUGAAGGAAAGGUUUAUCUACUUUAUAACAGUAUUUGUGGCUAAGUUUAGGGCUAAACCGAAUAGUUCAAAGUCUCAUUCAUAAGUUUGACUUUUGAAAUCUAAACAAACAUUUGAAUGCUGGGCAACUUUUAUUUCUUUCAGCAUGACUAUUAGUCCUGUUUAAACCCAAUAUUUCUGCACAGUUGUACACAAGGGCGUAGGUUUUGCUUCAACAUUUAGGAGGACACCUAUGAAACGCUGAGUUUUACGAUCCUCAGCCAGAAAAUUUUGAGCAUUAAACACUCACUCCUGCAUUCAGCUGAUUUUUUAUGCACCAAUUUGUGCCCUUUAUGCAUCAAUUAAUAAU